AUGGCUCUUAAUGUUAGUAAGAAUGCAAAUGAUGAGCCGCCGGUAACCGGAUUAUCGCUUCAAUUAGUAACAGUCCAAUCAGUGAUUGUCUUUAACGUAGUCAGUAUUGGCGCUGCAAUCCUAUUUGAAGUUGAAGUUCUUAGGUUUUGGUGCCAGACAGAAGCAUCAGAUGAUAGCAGAAUAAUCACUUUACUAAUUAUAAAUUCAGUUUUUUUUAUCGUUGGUAUUGUGGCUUCGUCUUGUAGUAUUAAGAAAUACUUUUACUUUUUAAAAGAAAGCAUCGAAAGUGCAGCGUUUGAAGAAAGCAGAAAUACAGAAGUCAAUGACGUUAUCAAUCCCAAUUUUCGUAAUAGGCCCUUAAAGCUAAAGAACAUACACAAAACAGCAACGGCUCGACUUAUUAUCUGUAGCAGUUUAUUAGCUGCAAUGAGUAUUAUGUCUACGUUUUUAAACUUGCACUUUGCAAAUUUGCCCGGGCUGAAUUGUGUUUUGGUAGUUUCUACGUCUGUAACCGGAAUAUUGGUAGUAACAACCAAUGAGUUUGUUAUUUGGCUAUUGGUUUUAUCAAGAUUUACCCAGACUAUAACAGCUAUAUCCCUGAUCAUAUUUUCACUAAAUUUUCUUACCUAUUUAACUUCCGGGAUUUUAUAUGUUUUUCAUAUUCUUAUUAGUACAUUCACAGUUGUUAUUGUGUCAAUUUCCUGCGCUGUAACUACGCGUGAAUCAUUGGCAAUUGAAAAAAACAUAAAUAUCACUGAGUGGCGAACGGGACCAUUUAUUCUCUAUUUGCUGCUCAGACUAUCUUUCUGGGGAUAA